UUUUAAAAAGGGUCCUGGUAUUUGUGCUACCCACAUUACUAUAAACCAAAGACAAAAAUAGCAGUCAGCAUUCUUAAGGUCACACAGGACACAAGAAAAAUCCCACAGACCAGAGCUAUCUCUGUGCAACAAGAACUCCAGGUGGCACAGGAGAGGGAACAGGAACAAAUACAUGGAAAAUGGGUCUGGAAGGGAUCUGAAAGUGCCUGCCUUUGUCUGCAGCAGAAUGGGAUCUACCAACUCCCUGGCAGGUGCCUGCCAGGCCAGCACUUUGAGCUCCCACAGCCUGCUUGGAUAACACCCACUGCUGCUCAUCUCACCCCGACAGGGUUUUCCUGAUGACUCAUAUUUUCCUCACCACACUCUAAACUGGCAACUUCUUAUCCUGUCCAAGGGGAUGGUGAGAACCAACUGCAACCACUGCUUUCAAGGACCAGAACCUGCCCAGCUGGUCACUACCCUCAGCAACAUGUUAACCAGCAGGCAGGGCAGGAUGGAAAUGUGACCACAGGAACCCCAGUUACUGCAGCCAAACCCACCUUCCACUGCAAUUCGCUUUCUUUUCCUUGUGACUGGCAGCUCCUCUUUCCCAUCCUCCUGUUUAACCUCAGAAUCAUUGUGUCCUUCCUCCUCCUCGUCCGAGUACUGGUUGAGCGCAUUCACCAGCUCCAGGAACACUGCAUCGCUGAUGAGGACUGACCCUGAAAUCAUUUCUGAAACACAGAGAUGUCAGCCAGCUCGUGGCAGUGCCAUCCUCUUCCACCAUCCUCAAGGGGGUAAAUCACAAGCCAGGACCACUCAGUUUUGAAGGGACAGGAGGGAUGUUAACGCUAGAGAGUCACAAGAGCAGCGUGCAUCAUUUGUGCCAUCUGAAGACAGGACACCCCAGCUUUCCACUGCUCUCCUCGCUCCACACAGUUUUAUGAUGGGGUAGGCAGCGCUGCCUUGCACUUCUGAAAAGCCUGAGUAGAGCCUUGACUGAGGGCACAAGCAAAGCAAAGCUCCUGAGCUCCUUCUACCAAAUUGUUCAGCAUCUCAGAGCCCAUGAAUUCCUGUGAACAACAGCUCCAGAAGAAGAGCCUAGAACAGUACAGGGUAUUGAAAGGCAGGACCACAUCCUUGCAAGCUAGAGCAGCAGGCAUGCUCCUGGUUUUCUGCUCUACGAGCUCCCACAGCAAUGCUGGUUACUGCUGCCACCUUUUGACUUCUUAACUACUUUGAGAUGUUAUUCACAGGAGACUGAACCGGCAGUGCUGACUGUUCUUACCUUCCUCUCCAUGGACUUUCCCGUCAUAGUUAUUAAUGAGUUCUUCAAUGAAAGUUUCAUCCUCUUCCUUCACCUCAUCUCCCAUGUAAGGGAUAUUGCACAGAACAGUUUCAUCCUCCACCUGCAGAGGUCAGAUACAACUCAGAGCAGCAGCACCUGCAGCCUGGUCAAGGCUCCUCCUGCCCAUGCAGACCCACAGCACAAAGCAAAGCUUUACCCUCCCAAGCUGCAAUUUCAGAUGCCUCAUCCCUGAUAUUUCAUUGUUAUCCCGUGCCAGCAGCAUCAACCUGACCCCUGAAAGUGCUAUUUGCCUUAAAAAAGAAGAGCAGUGCCUCCAGUGCUUGCAGAAACCCAGAACAACACACGCUGCCAGCAAUAACAACCAAAAAAUGCCAGAGAAAUUGUGUUCAGGCAGAGCACAGAGCUGGAACAGCAAAAGGCAAACCGGUAACUCGCUCCCAGAGGAACACAGCCAAAGCUGAGGAGCUGUUCUCAUGUUAACCACAGCAGCAAGGACACUGGCUCUCCAUCACCAUGGCACCACUGGCUGGCUCUGCGUUACAGUCACUGCUCUCACGCUGUGCCCUGGUGUGACAGCUGCACCGCAGGGUGCAGGAACACAUCCACACCCCAGAGCAGGCAAAGAGCCAGGCUGGGCACAGGCCAACUGCUUGCUUAACAGGUAAUCUUAACAACAUCCCACCAAAACCUGCAUUAAAUCACUCGCCUUUCUUCCACCACAGAGGAGCUAACCCUCAGUAGCACCCUUACAAUGAGACCAGCAGGGUAAUCCAGCCACAAAGGGAAGGACCUGCCUAGGAAAUAAACUCUUCAUUGAGAAAGGAAGAAAAAUCUUAAGGGGAACACAAAACCAAACCAUCAAGCAACAAACCAUAUCUGCUCCGUGGAUCCUCUGAAAUAACAGUGACCCUACCAAGGAGUCAGGUAAGACAGCACAGAUGCAAGGCUGUUUUAUGGGACACAACAGAACAGACAGCCAAAUGAACAGUUUCCAUCAUCUUUAGAACUUGUUUAAAACAAGUGGGUUGAAGAAGGCCCAAUCACUCCACAGCCACAUCACAACUACACACAAACUGUCCCAAGCCCUUGUGCCAGAGCCUCCCUACAUACCAUGAAGUUCUGCUGAAGAGGGGACCAGGAGUACAUAAUGGGCACCAGUGCCACCGUGUUCAGGGUCCUCAUGUACAGCGUCUGGCUGGGAAACCCUGGGAAGAUGCUCUCAACUGUACACUGGAACAGGAGGACAGAGAGGAGCAGUGAGGAAACAACCAACCCUGGGGGCACAGCUCCCUGCAGAGCCCUGCUUCCACUCCACACUCUGCUGCUGAGCCCCUUUGCCUCUCCACCUGCUUGAGGAAGGGGUGCCCACUGACAGGCUUCAUCAGCUGCACCGGCUGCACACGGAGCUUCUUCCAGUCUUCAUUCAGGAUCUGAGUCUUCUCAUGAACCUUUGCAAAGUUGGCCACAAACAGAGCCUGCAGUGAGGGAAAGCAGCACUCAGAGCUCAAGAAACCACACUGAGAACACAAAAACCCUUCACAAGCUAUUGGUUUGAAUAUCAGACGCAUGUACAAGGCAGAGCCUCUCAAACUGAUGCUACCUGUUAGAAGGAAUUCGAGUUAAACUCAGCAUUGGUACAAAACCCUGCUGAAAACGCUCCCAACAACCAGCAGCGUUUGGUACCUCCUGAUCCCAGCCGACCUCCUCUAAAACCCUGCCUGUGAGGAGAGGAGCAGCAGAACCCCCUGAACCCCCAGCAGGAACACUUUAAAGACCAAGUGGAGAUGAGUCCCCUUUGCUGCAGCUGCACAAGGACCUCACCAGCACAACACACAACAGCGCACGAGGAGAGCAGGAUCCCUUCCUGCCUCCCCAGCUUACAACUGGGGUACAGCUGAGCAAUCCCCACCUGAGAGCUGCACCCAGCAGACUCCCCUUCAGCCAGAGCAGUCCUCACCUUAGCUCCCAUGUUCGCCUGGAACCUCUUGAGCUGCCGGAGGCGCAUGUAUUCGGACUUGACUUUCCUCUUCCAGUAAAUGAUGCACUUGGACGUUGGAGGAGAAGCGAUUUCCAUUUUCCUGCAGAAGUGCGGAGGGAACGAGCAUCAGAUAACGGUGAGCUCACCCCGUCCGAGCGCUGCCGGCACGGACCCCACGGCACCGCGGACGGGAAGAGCCCGGUAACCCCGCACCAGUUCCUGUCUGCGCGCACGCAGAGCGCACCGAGGCCCCAGCAGCCCCGUGGGCGCCGUGCGCUGACCGAGCCCGGCCCCGGCUCCCGAGGAACCCCCGGCCUGGAGCGGCCCCCGCACCCGAGAACGGACGGGAUGGACCGGACCGGACCGGACCCGGCCGGAGCCGGAGCCGCCGGUGCGCUGAGAGCCCGGCCUCGGGCCGCGCAGGUCUGAGCGCUCCCCCCGCCGGCCGGGCCCGAGCCGCUCCCCGCGGGGCCGCUCGGCUGCGGCAGUGACGAGCACCGGAGCGGACCGAGGCCUCCGGUGCCGGGGAGCGGGGAUCGGGCCCCGGAGCACCCACUCCUACCGGUACCGCGGAUCCCCUCGGGCCCCGCACUCACUCCUCGGCCAUCCCGCCGCCCCUGCACGCCUGCGCAUGCGCCGAGAUGGCCCCGCCCACCGCUAGGUGCCCCGCCCCUGGAUAGCUCCGCCCCUCACGAUAGCCACGCCCCCCGCGCAGCGCCGCCGCCUCCGGUACUGGAGGGCUCGGGCACGCGGGCGUACGGGCACCGGAGUGGCAGGGCCGUGGGAGGGCUGUGGUUGUCCGGGUAUGGCCCAGAGAUCCCCAGCACCGGCUGCGGGGAACGGGCCGAGCCCGGCGCUUCCGAGCCCGGUGCCCGCACACGUUCGGGUCCGUCUGGCCCCGUCUCCCCCCGGGCUCUGCCAGGCCCUGUCCCCGUAGCUCCCGUCCCCGUCCCGACUCUGCCGCAGUCCCAGCACGGCGGGAGCCGGGACCGUCCUCCCCGAGAGGCAACCCCGGCUCCGGUGGCCCCAGCGGCCAGGGCCAGGCCCGGAGAGCCGGGGGACGUGGGUGCCGCAUCCCUGUGCGGCUAUGGCGGUGCUGGUCCCCGCGGCCGGGCGGGCCCCGGGCUUCCUGCAGCGGCGCCGGGCAGGAAGCGGCCGUUGGUGGCGGCUUUCCUGCUCCGGGGGCCCCUGCGGACGGAGCGGGUGGUGCUGGGCCCGGCCCCGGCAAGGGUCGCGUCCUCCCCCUUCUGCCCUGCUGGACGGGGACCGGAGGCUGCGUCCGCGGCCCCGCAGGGUGACCUCGGGGGACAAGCGGGACCGCCCCGCGCCCGCAGCCGCGCACCGGGCCCGUAUCUGAUGCCCUUGGAGCUUCGCUGAGUCAGACGGGGGGAAGCGCGGCGUCCCCCCGACCUUACCGGGCAUUGGCUGGGAGCGGGCGGGCAGCCCCGGGGCGGGCCGGGCACCGGGAUAAACCCCCGAGCACGGCCCCGGUCCGGGUGCCGAGGGCUCGGGGGCCGGAGGAUGCUCCUCAGGGUGUGGAUCCUCUGCUGCCUGCUCCUCACCCUGCUCCAGCGCGGUAAGAGCAGCCCGGAGCUGGGGCUGUGCGGUGCGGCGAGGGGGUAGCAGCCGGGUGGACUGCAGAGAGGUGCCCAAGAGGUCGGGCGCGGGGUCUGGCCUGGCAAUGAGUCCCCACAGGCCCCCUGGCCCAUCUCUUUCCUCCAUUCCACCGUGUCCUCUCCUGCCCUUCCCUUGGAGGAUGCUCUGGGCAGGGUUUGCCCACAGGGUUGGUGCUUGCUUGAAAACCAUUCUGCUUCUUGCCAAUGCCAAAGCAGAGCCAGGAGCCUCCUGCUCCCGUUCCCUACCCUCAGUACAGUCACCCCUGUUCUGCUCAGCUUGGUCUGGGAGGAGGAGGAGGUGGCAUGUCUGAGGUGCUGGGAGCAUCCCAGCUAAUGCUCCAGUGCAGCCCUAGCACCCACUGUCUCUUUGCUGCAGGGUGUGGGGACACAGACUAUGGGGACCUCGAGGAUGAAGGUUACUACAUGUACCUGGAUGAGGAUGAACUGCCGGAGGUGCUGGGGGGGGCAGCCCGCUGCCAGGACACCUACCAGGACUGGAUCUCUCUGUACUGCUGGGCUCCUCUCCAUGCCACCCUCAUGACCACCCCCGAGGGCAGCCGCUGCUGCUGGGACCAGAUCAGCAGCACCUACAGUGAGCUCUCUGGCUGCACCCAGCUGCUGGCCCAGCUCCUCUCCUGCCCCUGGCCCAGCUCUGUCCUCGACGCCUUCUUCCUGCAGGUUCAUGCUGAAUACUUCAUCAACUGUACAGGGGCUGAGCCCCCCCGGCCGAGCGUGAUGCCCCCCAGGCUGGCUCUGGCUGUGGCCAUGGGGCUCAGCUGCCUCGUGCCCCUUGCAGCAGCUGUCGUGCUCAGCAGAGCCCCAAAGGGGGCUCACACCCCGGCCCCUGCCUGCCCCCAUGCCUGUGAGCAGCCAGCGGCUGCCCCCUCCAUUCCCAGUCCUGGGAAUUGAGGGGUGGGCCGGGGGUGCAGGGGACAGGGCAGAGCAGUGAUGGGGGUCUGGGCAUCC